GGGGACGGCGUCGGCGGAGGACUGUGAUGAUCAGCUGAGCCCGCGCCUGGAGCUCCUCCGGCUGCCCCGGCCGCCUCUUCUUCCUCCUCCUCCUCCUCUUCCUCCUCGCGGUGCCCGCAGAGCGCCCCGCACCGCCGCGUCCCGCCGCCCGCCCGUCCGCCCGCAGCAUGUCCAAACCCAGCGAUCACAUCAAGCGCCCCAUGAACGCCUUCAUGGUUUGGUCCCGCGGCCAGCGGCGCAAGAUGGCCCAGGAGAACCCCAAAAUGCACAACUCGGAAAUCAGCAAGCGGCUGGGAGCGGAGUGGAAGCUGCUCUCCGAAGCGGAGAAGCGGCCCUACAUCGACGAGGCCAAGCGGCUGCGGGCGCAGCACAUGAAGGAACACCCCGACUACAAGUACCGGCCCCGGCGCAAGCCCAAGAACCUGCUCAAAAAGGACAGGUAUGUCUUCCCUUUGCCUUACCUGGGGGAAACAGAUCCCUUAAAGGCCGCCGGGCUUCCCGUGGGGGCCACUGACUCGCUGCUGAGCUCCCCGGAGAAGGCCAGGGCUUUCCUGCCCCCCACCUCAGCACCUUACUCCUUACUUGACCCCAGCCAAUUCAGCUCCAGCGCCAUUCAGAAGAUGACCGAGGUUCCUCACACCUUGGCCACCGGCACCCUGCCCUACGCCUCCACCUUGGGAUACCAGAACGGGGCGUUCGGCAGCCUGAGCUGCCCCAGCCAACACACCCACACCCACCCCUCGCCGACCAACCCGGGCUACGUGGUGCCGUGUAACUGUACCGCUUGGUCGGCCUCCAGUUUGCAGCCUCCGGUUGCCUACAUAUUAUUCCCGGGCAUGACCAAGACUGGCAUAGACCCCUAUUCUUCAGCACACGCGACUGCUAUGUAACACCCGCCCACAACCCUACGGGCGGCCCCCACCUCGGGGAGCCGGCCGGACCGGGAUUCCUCCGUGUGCAUGUAUAUAAAACCCCGCCGGAGCCUCCCGAAGCCAGGACUCUGCAGCCCGGACAGCCGCGGAUGCGCCCGGGGGGGGGAAGCGGAGAUGCUGGGAGUUGCCCCAGGGCCCCGGGGUGGGGGUGGGAGGGGUGUAGAACCUGCAACAGCGGGAACGGAUAGGAUCCAGGCAUCGAGUUGUAAAUGUGUUUUAAAACGAAACAGGAAAAAAAAAAAAACAAAA